AUGCGUUUCUUUCCACAAAUUCUAUUGGCUCUCCUUGAGUGUUCACAAAUCCAUGCCGAUUUCACUCCGCAUUUUCGCCGUUUCCUACACGACAGCUACGGGAUAUCGAUGGUGACACAAUUGGAAAGAACAGACCUCGGACCUGGUGCCUCGUUUGGUGGCCGAGAGGAUCCAUUAGAAGAACCGACAAAUCAAGCAGUGAUCAUCAUUCACGGAAUCACGAAUACAGCAUCGAGAUUUCAUCGAACAGUAGAAUACCUACGAUCUGCUGGUUACAAAAGCUCGGAGAUCUACGGUACAACGUGGGGCGAUGCGGGUGCCACUCCAGUAGGGCUCGUCGACAUGAAGUGCUCGUUUGUCAAACAAAUCAGAUCAAUGAUCAUCGCCGUUCGACAAUACACAGGCACUCGUGUGGACGUGGUCGCCUAUUCAAUGGGUUCACCAUUAGCAAGAAAAGCGAUUCUCGGAGGGCAAUGUGUUGACACAAGAGAGAUUUUGGGCCCCCCACUAACCGAGCUGAUAGACACAUUUUUGUCGGUAGCCGGUGCAAACUACGGAAGCUCAUUGUGCGCUAUUCCUAUUCCCGUCGGCACCUGCAAUCGAAGGACCGGCUUACACUGUGAAUCGACUUUCCUGCAAGACAUCAAUCAUCAACAGAAAUAUGAAGGCCUUUUCGUCUUCAGCCUCUUCUCAACAAGUGAUGAAAAGGUCGGCUUCCGUUCAUGCGGUCGACCGGUGAGCCCAAUUCUUGGCGGCACCGGAUUUGUCAAACGAGACGGAAUGACGCACGAUCAAAUCAUGGACGAAACAAUUCCCAUCCAAGUCAACUUCAUCAAAAAGCACACACCCCGC